GGCCUAUCCCUUUUCCAUCAGCUUCCGUCUCUCUCGCUCUCGUCGUCCUCGCGACGGCGACACGAUGAAAUCCCGAUCCAACUGAGUUCCAUUCCAAUUUCCAAGCGACCCCGUGCAGCUCGAGUGGAAGAGAGUGAUUCUUGGUGAGUCAACAUCGCAAUGGCGUCUCUUCUGCUACUGCUGCUGCUGCUGCUGGCGCCGGCGGAAGCGGGCACGUCGCAUGCCCGCGUCUUCUCCGUGGCGGACUACGGCGCGGCGGGCGAUGGCGUGCGGUACGACACGGGGGCCAUCCAGGCGGCCGUCGAAGCCUGCGCGGCCGCGGGGGGCGGGCGCGUCCUCCUCCCGGCGCCUGGGGACUACCUGACGGCGACCGUCCACCUCCGCUCGCGGGUGGUGCUCGAGGUCGCCCCCGGGGCGCGGCUGCUGGGCGGGACCAGACAGGGGGACUACCCGCCGGAGUCGCGCCGCUGGUACGUCGUGCUCGCCGAGAACACCACCGGCGCCGGGGUCACCGGCGGCGGCGAGAUUAACGGCCAGGGCGGGGCAUUCGUGGUCACGCCCAACGCGCAGAAGAACAUCAUGGUGAGCUGGAACGUCACCGGCGACUGCAAGGGCGACGAGUGCCGCCCGCGGCUCGUCGGCUUCAUCGACUCCAAGGAUGUCAGGAUCCAUGACAUCACCCUCAACCAGCCCGCCUACUGGUGUCUACAUCUUGUCAGGUGUGACAAUUCAGUGAUCCACAAUGUGUCGAUAUAUGGGGAUUUUGACACUCCCAACAACGACGGCAUCGACAUUGAGGAUUCGAACAACACGGUCAUCACGGAUUGUCACAUCGACACCGGAGACGAUGCAAUAUGCCCAAAAUCAACCACAGGUCCUGUUUUCAACUUUACGGCAACGAACUGCUGGAUCCGGACUAAAUCCUGUGCUAUCAAGUUUGGAAGCGCUAGCUUCUUUGACUUCAAGAAGCUGGUAUUUGACAACAUUACGAUAGUUGAUUCACAUCGAGGACUUGGAAUGCAGAUCAGAGAUGGAGGGAAUGUGAGAGAUGUAGUGUUCUCAAACAUCAAAAUAAGCACCAGGUACUACCAUCCUUCAUGGUGGGGGAGAGCUGAGCCGAUCUACAUCACCACAUGUCCGAGGCACCCAGAUUCCAAAGAAGGAACCAUUUCAGAAAUACAGUUCAUCAACAUCUCCUCAGUAUCAGAAAAUGGAGUUUUCUUGGCUGGAUCAAAGCACGGGCUGCUUCGCAACCUCAAGUUCAAGAAUGUCGACCUAACCUACAAGAGAUGGACAAACUACUCGGGAGGGCUGUAUGAUUACAGACCUGGAUGCCAGGAGAUGGUGAAGCACAGGACCGGUGGUAUGAUGCUAGAGCACAUCUCUGGCCUAGAGAUCGACAAUGUGAGGAUGAGAUGGACAAGAGGAAGCCUCAAAGGCUGGGAUGUUGAUCCUCUCCUCUUCCGGGCAUCAACAAUUGACAAGCUGUCAUUCCAUAACUGGCAGUCGCUGGAUGUCAGUAGGUAAGGGAAGAACAAGCCGACUGAACAUCACAUUUGAGCAUGUAUCUGUAUCGUGAAUAAAUGCCGAUUCUUUUGUUGAAAUUUGUAAAUAAAGAUCCUCCUGAAAGGCAUAUGAUUCUAGCCAUGUCAAUAAACAUUGAGAAUUUGAUUGGGCGGUAAAAAAGUUAACGCAAACGAAUUUAGUGGUAAAUACUCUAAAUUCUCAUAAACAUUGCAUGAAAGGCGUAAGUUCUUUCACCGGUCAACAAAAUUUGCAAG